AUGACUGUACAACCCGGUGGAUUUCUUGCAGGGAAAAGAAUUAUCGUGGCGGGUGGUGGCUUCGCGAGCCUCGCAUUUGUACUCGCCCUCGAACAACUAUGGCAGAGCUCAACAUUAGGCCAUCCAGAAGUCCUGCUGUACGAGCAGGAUGGUCGCGAUGAGUCUAUUCAACGUGAACCCUAUACACUAUGCAUCAAUGGAGCCGACCAGAAUGAUGGGCUAGUGGCCAUUCAACAAUUGGGACUCUUAGAUGAGGUUCGCAAACACUCGACUCUUAACGGCGGUGACAUUCGCGUAUGGUCUGACAACUGGAAAUGGCUAUCAUCUAUCAACCCAACCACACAUGGAGACUUACCAGCCGCAACGAUGCGGAUUACUCGUCAGGAUCUCAAGCGGAUCCUAGUGGAGAAGGCCAAACAUACGAGGACCAUCUUCUCAUGGGGAGCAACCUGUACAUCGGCCGAGCGUCUGUCAAACGGUCGGAUUCGCGUCUCAAUUACAGAAGCUGGAGAUGAGAAGACAUCCACGCAAUAUUGUGAUCUUCUCAUUGCGGGUGAUGGUGCCAAUAGUCGUAUACGGGCUUCCUUUCGACCUCAUGACAUGACGACCCAAUACGCCGGUGCAACCCAGAUCGGCGGCAUCUCCUAUAUCCCCGAGGGGCUUCCCAAGCCCAUUGAUCAGGACUACGGUCUUCAAAUGUCGUCGGGCGCAGGGGUCUGCUGUAUCUAUAGCCCAUUUGAUGACAAGACAAUCGCAUGGGCACUGAGCACAGUAGGACCUGAACGCGACGCGAAAACCCGCUUCACUGCGGAAGAAUUUAUCGUAUUGAAGCAGGAAGUGCUCAAAACUGCAUCCAUGCUCAAAGAACCCUUUGGGACUGUCAUAAAUAACACGAUACCCAAGACUGCUUUCAUCCGACCCGCAAAGGAAAAGCCGGCGUUCGCGCAUGAUGCUAGUCUGUACGGGGUGAUGUUCAUCGGCGAUGCCAACCAUAUCCUCAGCCCCUUCGAAUUUGUCGGUGCAAAUUUGGCGCUCAAGGAUGGAUGGGACCUGGCAGAACAGAUCUGUCACAGCAAUUCACUGGAUGCGGCGAUGGCAUCCUUCGACAGGUUGAGCAUUCCACGCUUUCAGCAUAAGUUCGACUUCUCACACGAGCGAAUUAAUUUCGGCCACUCUACGGGAAAGAAAUGGAUAUUUUAUAAGUAUGGAAUGGCCGCCCAGCGGGUCCUGAAUAAAGUUCAUUGA